AACCUCACCAAAGAAGAAGAAAAUGCGCAACACAAACAUACAUUGGCUACUGCUAGACAGGUUGACAGUUGGAUUUUGAAGAAAGCAUACAGACUUUGAACAAUAAGUCUGAUUACGACAAGUGGAUUUUGCGAGAAGUUCAUCCGUUUAGGUGGGGAACUUUACUCUACAGAACAAGCAAACCAACCAAUCCAGGAAAUCGUGUGUUGCUGCUUGUUACCGGAAAAGAAGACGUCAUGCUGCCCUCAAAAGACAUCUGUUGGUCCUUGAUAAUAGGGAUGGUACAACUUGCCUACAUGGUUCUUCCUGUUCAAGCUCAAGAAUGCUCCAAACCCAUAGGAAAGCCCAACAUGGUUUUGACAGACGCCUCCAUCACCAAAGAGACAUUCGGAGAGGGAACAAACGCAAAUUUUGAGUGUGAAAUUGGAUAUGUCAGUGCAGGAGGGUCUCGAUCAGUCACCUGUACUGCAGGCGUUUGGAGUGAAGUGAAACUGACAUGCAAAAGAAGGUCAUGUGGCCACCCAGGAGAAGUGACGAACGGCAAAUAUAUUCUCGAAGGCGUAGAGUUCGGUGCCAGAGCUGCUGUUACCUGUGACACUGGCUAUACACUUGUGGGCAGCGGUGUAAGGAACUGUUUGGCCGAAGGCUGGGAUGGCAGAGUUCCUGUAUGUGAAGUGGUGAAGUGUGGAAAGCCCCCCACCAUUGUCAACGGUGGACCUGUUAUCCCACCUGAAGACGAGUACAGCUAUAGAAGUGUUGUGGAAUAUAGCUGUGAGAAGGAAUUCACUCUGGUUGGAACUAAAUCCAUAGUCUGUGAAAAGGACGGAGAAUUCCAGCCAGCUCCACCUGAGUGUAAAAUGGUUUCAUGUCCUGCUCCUGUUGUUGAGAAUGGCGUUAGGAUUGAAGGUCGUUCGCCCCCCUACAAGCACAAGUCUUUUGUGACGUAUAAGUGCAACGAUGGAUAUGAGAUGACGGGAGAGGCCAGUCUGACAUGUGAAAUAGAAGGCUGGUCAGCUUCUAUUCCCACAUGCAAAGUUGUGCGCCGCACUAUGGCACUCCCAAACCCGACCGGUUGUGGUCAAGACUGCUCCAAACCCAUACCGUUAGAAGGGUCAAACAUGGUUCUUACAUCAACUCAAGAGACAUUUGGAGAUGGAACAAAAGCAACUUUUGAGUGUGCAACUGGAUAUGUCAGUGCAGGAGGGUCUCGAUCAGUCACCUGUACUGCUGGCGUGUGGAGUACAGUGAUACUGACAUGCGAAUUAAGGMCGUGUGGCUCACCAGGAGAAGUGCUAAACGGCCGAUAUAAUCUCUCGGGGGUUCUGUUUGGCGCCAGGGCUGUUGCUUUCUGUGACACUGGCUAUACACUUGUGGGCAGCGGUGUAAGGAACUGUUUGGUUGGAGGCUGGGAUGGCAGAGUUCCUGUAUGUGAAGUGGUGAAGUGUGGAAAGCCCCCCACCAUUGUCAACGGUGGACCUGUUAUCCCACCUGAAGACGAGUACAGCUAUAGAAGUGUUGUGGAAUAUAGCUGUGAGAAGGAAUUCACUCUGGUUGGAACUAAAUCCAUAGUCUGUGAAAAGGACGGAGAAUUCCAGCCAGCUCCACCUGAGUGUAAAAUGGUUUUAUGUCCUGCUCCUGUUGUUGAGAAUGGCGUUAGGAUUCAAGGUCGWUCGCCCCCCUACAAGCACAAGUCUUUUGUGACGUAUAAGUGCAACGAUGGAUAUGAGAUGACGGGAGAGGCCAGUCUGACAUGUGAAAUAGAAGGCUGGUCAGCUUCUAUUCCCACAUGCAAAGCCCUUCCGACUACAACAAAGCCCCCUACUAAUACUACUACUACUACUACUACUACUACUACUACUACCACAACAGCUACUACCACAACAGCUACUACCACAACAGCUACUACCACUGCUACAAAGAAAACCACAAACCAAGAUCGCGUACCUGGUCCCCCGGAGGCCAAAAACCACACUUGGAAAAUAUUAGGGAGUGUUCUAGCUGUACUUGUCAUUGGUUGUAUUAUAGGAUUUAUAAUCUACAAAUAUAAAGCACACUCUCAAGUUGGAUACUCAGGAAAUGUGGCCACUAAUAUCUCUGAAGAGAGAGAGUUGUAGCACCCUUGGCCAUGUACCAAGUCUUCUGAUUUGCUUUAGUCUCCUCUUGCAUCCUUGAGAAGGGAGUCACAGUGAACAGGCUGCUGUGAUUCAAUGUACUACUCUCCUGCUUAUGAAUGUAGUAGCCCCUCCCAAACACCGGGUUCAUAUCCUUUCAAAGGAAGCUUGAUCAUGUGACGUUUAGAAACCUCAUGAUGAAGAAUGAAUUGGUUCACUCUCAUUUGGAAGCUUGUGCUUAAUGAGUGGCCAAACCUGAUUAUUCAAAAACAAUUUAUGUUUCCAAUGUACUUCACAAAUAACUCUUUAUCUGAGCCUGCUUUAUCUCAUUGCCAACAUUCUUAGUUACAAUUCUCCCCUUUAGGGCAACCCUGCAUCACAAAGCCAGAUUUGCACCCUUUGAAAUAAAGAAUUUGAAGGAAAUCAUAUUUAUUAAAAUGUCCAACAAGA